CCCUUAAACUUGUCUUCCUAGCUUCCCAAGAUUACAUACACAAAUCACUUGACAAAAGUGGUGCAAGGGUCUUGUGCAUAGAUAACCACGCAAGACAAUUGUCUUGUUCUAACCCUUAAAGAGUUCCGCAAAGUGAAAUGUUUUAUAAUCCUUUUUUGUGCAGUGGGCAAGGAAGAAAAGAAAAGAGUUUGGGCAAAGAUUAUCCAGAAGAAAGAAAGAGACUCUUUUGGGGUUCCAGUUGAAACACAAUAAAGAACAUAAUUAACUUCACAAUUCUUUGUGUUUUUCAUUUGACUGCAGGGAGGAGAUGAAAGAGGACUGCUAAGCCUUGCAUUCCAUCCCAAUUACAAGAAAAAUGGAAAGCUGUAUGUGUCUUAUACCACCAACCAAGAGCGGUGGGCUAUCGGGCCUCAUGACCACAUUCUUAGAGUUGUGGAAUACACAGUAUCCAGAAAAAAUCCCCAUCAAGUGGAUCUGAGAACUGCCAGAGUCUUUCUUGAAGUGGCAGAACUCCACAGAAAGCAUCUGGGGGGACAGCUGCUUUUUGGCCCUGAUGGGUUUUUGUACAUCAUUCUCGGUGAUGGGAUGAUCACACUGGAUGAUAUGGAAGAAAUGGAUGGAUUAAGUGAUUUCACAGGUUCGGUGCUCCGGCUGGAUGUGGACACAGACAUGUGCAGUGUGCCGUAUUCCAUACCGAGAAGCAACCCGCACUUCAACAGCACCAGCCAGCCCCCGGAAGUGUUUGCCCACGGCCUCCACGAUCCAGGCAGAUGUGCUGUCGAUCGACAUCCCACUGAUAUAAACAUCAAUUUAACAAUACUUUGUUCAGACUCCAAUGGAAAGAACAGAUCAUCAGCCAGAAUCCUACAGAUAAUAAAGGGGAAAGAUUAUGAAAGUGAGCCAUCACUUUUAGAAUUCAAGCCAUUCAGUAAUGGUCCUUUGGUUGGUGGGUUCGUUUACCGAGGCUGCCAGUCUGAAAGACUGUAUGGAAGCUACGUGUUUGGAGACCGUAAUGGGAAUUUCUUAACUCUCCAGCAAAGUCCUGUGAGCAAACAAUGGCAAGAAAAACCGCUCUGUCUUGGCAACAGUGGUUCCUGUAGAGGUUACUUUUCAGGUCACAUAUUGGGAUUUGGAGAAGACGAAUUAGGUGAAGUUUACAUUCUAUCAAGUAGCAAAAGUAUGACCCAGACUCACAAUGGAAAACUCUACAAAAUCGUAGAUCCCAAAAGACCUCUAAUGCCAUUCAUUUCAAAGUAAUCGUUGUUAUUCCAUUAUAUUCAUCAAAGUUGAUAUGCUUUUGCCAGCUUCCUGGUAGUGUUAUAAUUCUCCCUCCUCCUCACAAAAGUCUUUUCCUCUUCAUCUGGCUUGUUUAGUCUGUUGGUGGUGAGUUGAGGUGAAUUUUACACCUUCAAUCCAUUAUUAGUGUCUAAUUACCAGGGUGGCCAUAAGGGACCUUGGCUUUGUGAUCUUAGGGCCUCCUCUCGUAGGGUGGUCUCAGAGUGACAUACCUGAAAGGCCUGACUUCUCAUUAUGGUGCCUGUUUCUGGUGAGUUGUGUCAUGUGUGGGGCCAGGGUUAAGAUUUGUGUUUGGUUUUCAGAAGGUGGGGGGCGUAACAGAGUCCCAAAGUCACCGUCCUUGUACACAGGCGUAGGCAUAAAUUUCAAAAUUAAACUGACUAUAAGAAAACAAAUGUUUUCAUAAACAUUUGUUGGGGGCCUCAUGCUGUUUCGAUUUGGAUGCCAACGUUCAUUCUUACAGCAUUUCUCCCUAGAUGAUCUGAAGUUCUGAAUAAGCAGACGCGUUAGUGUAUGUGGACAGGAUUAUUUUGGAAACACAAGCUAAUUACUAGCCUGGCAGCAUUCAGGGUGUCUGCUUCAGAGCAAAAUUGUUUUUCUAAAACUUCUGAGGGAGAAUUUGAAGAGCCUCAUCUUCUGAAAAAAUAAUAUAUAGACAUUUCUUGUUAUAUCAAAAAUCUAAUUCAAAUUAAAAUCUUAGGUUAUUGUAUUGGGGAGGAGCCCUAGACUUGUUAGAAUAAUGUUUUCAGAAUGACUUUCAAACAUCAAUUGACGUAUGGCCCUAGAAGAGAAUAAUAACAAAUUAUAAAAUUUUUAUAUUCUAUAUUACGUGUCAUAGAAGUUACAUUCUUACUCACCAUACGAUUUAUGUUUUUCCUGCUUUUCCCUAAACACAUGCACACUCACAUACAAGAAAGAUAAGGGAGUUUAGAAACCAUAUGCAAUAUUCUUAAGUCAUUUUUGGCAAGAGCAAAUGAGGUUCCAACAUUGUCACCUCAGUCUGUAAGGACAGUUUGCUCUAAGGCUAUAUGUUACAUAAUCAUUUAUGUAAGUUUAAAAUCAUUUGCAGUGUGCACCCUUGUCAGAAAAGAAUGGCAAGAUAACUUAUUAUAAAAAUCAAAUGCCAUUAUUUAUAAGGAAAAAAAUGAAAAUUUAUUAAGAAUAUAAUCAACUUUCUCUAAAGCUUAACUAGAACUCAGGAGUUAUUUAAGGAAAAAAGCAGAAAAGAAAUGAAUUUUGCCUCCAUGUUAGAACGUUGAACACACUUCAGGAAUACCUUCAGAGGCGGAGCAGUUGCAUCUCAUGGCAGAGUGGAGUGAAGAUCAAGUCAAUACCAAUUCCCCAACUUGCUGGGCCAACUUAUUGGGUCCCAAGAAAUCUGUGUUACUGGGUUCUGCAUGCCCUGGUGUGGGGAGCUCCUUCAACCAGCAGUUCCAGAAAACAGAUUUCAAUACAUUGAGCCCAAGAGCUGGGCAAUAAUUUUAGUUUCACUUAGUUGUGCCAUCUGAGACUAGUCAAGACGAGGAGCGAGUCUGUCCGGGUAGGACAAGGAGUCAAUUGGUCUUGUCUCUGAAUGCUUCUUAAUGUGGGACCCUGCACCUCAUUUCACCGUACUGUGCCCCAUUGCCCAUCGAUAAAGUGUGGACUUAUUUCUGCGGAGCUCUGUGAAGAUAAUUAAGGAAUAUAUUUAAAACGUAUUAAACUCUUUAGUAUUGUUGCUGUUCAUUCCAUGCAUUCGAGAAUUAUUUUCAGGUGAUCUCUCAACUUUUAAGGUUGUCUUAGUUCCAAACUUGGGAUAAAGGUGUGCAUGGAGCUUUAAAGAGCUCUUAAUACCUAGUGUUCAAAUGUCCAAGUCAUGCAUUGGAUGCUUGCUGUUUAUUCAGUCUUUUCAGAAUCAAACAAAUGCUCCUGAAGGUGGAAAUUAAAGAAUUCUAACAGAGUUAUGAACUCUCCAAGCUUCACUUUUUUUUUAAAGAUUUUACUUUUUUUCUUUUUUCUCCCCAAAGCC